ACUCUCCCAAGCUCCCAGUGGCGUCUGUAGGCGGCGAUGGUGAAGUUGCUCCUUCACGACCUGGAGCGUUGCAAAGUGGUGCUAACACGAGAAGGUCAUAAUACGAGAAAAACAAAACGGUUAUCGGGAUGCUGUGCAGAACGGGGACAUAUUUAGAGGUUACAACGGGAUCGUAAUGACUUCCUGUUGCAUAGCUUGAUUGAGAAGAAGCGCUUCCGGCGGCCUUAGAUCACUAAUCAACAAACCAACUUUCGGGGCGUGACGUGAUCCUUGCCUCAGGCCUCUCGGGGUCCAGACAGCCGCCCAGCCCGCUCUGCGACGCAGCAGUGAAUAGUGUGGUACCUCCUUGUCUCGGUUCAGGUCCAGACCUCCCCGUCUUCCGGCUGCCCUGAACAUCAGGCGACCUCAGGACCCUGUGAUUGGCGCCUGCGCCGGCCGACCGGGACCGAGGAAACCCCUGGAGGGACUUGGGCAUUCCUUGGGCUCCGUGCCUGUUCUUCGUGCUCCUUUCGGGCAAGGAUCUCACAUUAUCAGUCUUUGACCCACACAGAAUGCCUGGCAUUUGAUAAAUGUUUGUUGAACUUGAAGAGACAUAUGGACAAUGAAUCUGCAAAGGGAGAACAUCUUUGGUCCUACAGUUUUGCUGACACUGAUAUUUUUCUAAGUGGUCACAGAUAGCCUACUUUUUACAUAAAUAACUGGCUAGACCUCAUAUUUUUCACUACAGAAGCCUAUAAUCUAAAGUUGCCAGGAUUUAAACACAUUACUUUUAGGUUAUUGUCUACAUUUAUCCUGAGACCUCUUCUCUUCUUAUUCUGAAAUGUUGAGAUACUGGGGAGAGAUACCAAUAUCAUCAAGCCAGACCAACAGAAGUUCCUUCGAUUUGCUCCCACGGGAGUUCCGUCUGGUGGAAGUCCAUGACCCACCCCUGCACCAACCCUCAGCCAACAAGCCGAAGCCCCCCACUAUGCUGGACAUCCCCUCAGAGCCAUGUAGUCUUACCAUCCAUACGAUUCAGUUGAUUCAGCACAACCGACGUCUUCGCAACCUUAUUGCCACAGCUCAGGCCCAGAAUCAGCAGCAGACAGAAGGUGUAAAAACUGAAGAGAGUGAACCUCUUCCCUCGUGCCCUGGGUCACCUCCUCUCCCUGAUGACCUCCUGCCUUUAGAUUGUAAGAAUCCCAAUGCACCAUUCCAGAUCCGGCACAGUGACCCAGAGAGUGACUUUUAUCGUGGAAAAGGGGAACCUGUGACUGAACUCAGCUGGCACUCCUGUCGGCAGCUCCUCUACCAGGCAGUGGCUACAAUCCUGGCCCACGCGGGCUUUGACUGUGCUAAUGAGAGUGUCCUGGAGACCCUAACUGAUGUGGCACAUGAGUAUUGCCUUAAGUUUACCAAGCUGCUGCGUUUUGCUGUGGACCGGGAGGCCCGGCUGGGACAGACUCCUUUUCCUGAUGUGAUGGAGCAGGUAUUCCAUGAAGUGGGUAUUGGCAGUGUGCUCUCCCUCCAGAAGUUCUGGCAGCACCGCAUCAAGGACUAUCACAGUUACAUGCUACAGAUUAGUAAGCAACUCUCUGAAGAAUAUGAAAGGAUUGUCAAUCCUGAGAAGGCCACAGAGGACGCUAAACCUGUGAAGAUCAAGGAGGAACCUGUGAGCGACAUCACCUUUCCUGUCAGUGAGGAGCUUGAGGCUGAUCUUGCUUCUGGAGACCAGUCACUGCCUAUGGGAGUGCUUGGGGCUCAGAGUGAACGCUUCCCAUCUAACCUGGAGGUUGAAGCUUCACCACAAGCUUCAAGUGCAGAGGUAAAUGCUUCUCCUCUUUGGAAUCUGGCCCAUGUGAAAAUGGAGCCUCAAGAGACUGAAGAAGGCAAUGUCUCUGGGCAUGGUGUGCUGGGCAGCGAUGUCUUCGAGGAGCCCAUGUCAGGCAUGAGUGAAGCUGGGAUUCCUCAGAGCCCUGAUGACUCAGAUAGCAGCUAUGGUUCCCACUCCACUGACAGCCUCAUGGGGUCCUCCCCUGUUUUCAACCAGCGCUGCAAGAAGAGGAUGAGGAAAAUAUAAAAGGAAAAGAGGGAAAUUUUUUGUCCAGGCCUACUAGACCCAACAGAAAAGGUCUUUGUAUUAGAAUCUGUUUCCAUAAAAAUUGAUUUGACUCCUGUUCUUAAACACAAGUGGUUUUUCCUAAUUCCAAAGGAACUGGAUGUCACCAAACAAGGUUGCAUUUUACUUUUGCAUCCAGUUUUUAUAGUUUUCCACAACCAAGCCACCCUUCACAGAUUAAAAUAUGAUGCUGGCAUGGCAAUCAGACCAAAGCACUGUCCCCAAUUGUUGUCUUAACUAUGACUAGACAUGUUACUUAGCUUCUCUAUAGCCAUUUAUCUUGUACAACUGAGAAGAAUCAUACUUCUUUGACCUACCUUAUAGAGAUGUGAGGAUUUAGAUGUUUGCUAACUUCAAAACUGUGCUUGAAUAGACUCAUAAUAUAUGCUUAUAUCAGAUGUCAGUUUUCAUUUAACUUGAUUCAUUUUUGGCUCAGGUCAUUGGGAACCCAUUACUAAUACCUAACAGGAAAUAGCUAAACACAACACACCUUAUCUAUUAGUCGCCUUCUUAAAACUGUUUUUGCUACUUUUGAAGUGUCUUAUUUAUAAGAUCAGAGGUCUAUGGCGACAUAACUUUUUUGCUUAGACAGCUCUCUAUCUCAUCCACUUAUUUUCUUCUCUAGACUUAUUCCAUCUCUCCUCAUCCUUUUGCCUUUGUUAUUUCUGCUCAGACUCACAUACUUUCACCAUAUACAUAUUUUUGAUUGUUUCUUUCCUUUUCUCCUUUGUGAGCAAAGCAAACAAGUACUGUCCAAGGACAGCCUUGUGCGUAUUUCAUUUGUUGCAUUUGCUUGGUCAUCAGAGGACAGCAGUCCAUUAAGCACACUUUGCUUCUGCUACUGUAAAGGCAGCCUUUAAGGCAUAGCAAUAUGCACCUUUCAACUUUACAUCAUGUCCUGAACAACGUAACUGUGGUUACUCAUCCAUCAGACGAUCUGCAUAUAUAAGUACCGAAUCAGUAUUUAUUAAGUAAAUGAUGUAGCACUGUAGUGAUUAGCAAUCAUUAGCAAAUGUGUUGCUUCAUGCCUUGGUGAUGGAUGCCAGCAUGUUAAACUGCUGAAGUUUGGUUUUCUGAUGCAGAAUACAUCUUGUAAAAUUUAGACCACUCCUUUAAUACAGACCAAAAUAAGGCACAGCUUUAAUUCAUUAUUGAAUGCCUUAAAUGUCCCGGGCAUUGAGAAUAAAUGAAUAUGAUAGAAAUAAAAUGAGGUUAUAGUUUAACAUAUAAUUUUAAAUUUGCCAGUUGUAACUCUUUAGCACAUUUCUCUAAACCCCUUCUGUCACAGUCUUUUUUUAAAUUUAUUUAUUUAUUUUUGAGAUGGAGUCUUGCUCUGUCGCCCAGGCUGGAGUGCAAAUGGUGCAAUCUCGGCUCACUGCAACCUCCACCUCCUGGGUUCAAGUGAUUCUCCUGCCUCAGCCUCCUGAGUAGCUGGGAUUACACGCACGUGCCACCACACCCAGCUAAUUUUUGCAUUUUUAGUAGAGAUGAGGUUUCACCAUGUUGGCCAGGCUGGUCUCAAACUCCUGACCUCAGCUCAUCUGCCCGCCUCAGGCUCCCAAAGUGCUGGGAUUACAGGCGUGAGCCACUGCACCUGGUCUCUGUUGCAGUCUUAUCUUCGUUUUCCUUUGUUUAUAAUGAAAGUGGCGAUUAGGCAGUUAGUUUCCAUAAAGUGGCCAUCUGGGAAUUUAUUUCAUUCAUCCAGCAAACAUUGAGUACCAAUUAUUUGCUAGGUCCUGUGCAAGGAAUACAAAGAUGAUUAAGACUUAACUCCGUACCCUUUUGGAGUACUUGGAAGUAACUUGGAAGACAAGUUAUUCUGUAAGGAAGAUAAAGCAUUCAAAAGUACUACAGAGAAAAACCAAGUAUGCUUGAGUUUUGCUUUGCGAAUGUUCUCCUCUUAAAGAAUAGUUUCAAAUUUUGAGACCAGCGGUUCCCAUUAAGUAUAGAACACUGAAAUUAAUACUUCAUAAUAAAACAUUUUAUUGCUGCAGAAUGUUAAACUGCAGAACAGGCACCAGAUGGUCAAGACGAGGGUAAUGUGAGAAGGCAAAUGAUGUGAGGAUUAGUAUCUGAGAUUCACCUGGUCUGGAAUUAUGUCAUAGGCUACCAUGCAUCAGAAUCACAUGGAGGGCUUUCUAAAACAGACUGCUCGGCCCCACUCCCAGGGUUUCUGAGUUCAUAGGUUUUAAGAGGUGAGUUGAACAAUUCCCCAGAUGAUGCUGAUGCUCCUGGUCCACACUGUGAGAACCACUAAGUUGGAGUACUGACAGAGAUAAAAUUCCUUGAAAGAAAUGUACUGUUUUAAGAUACUGUAAAAUGUGGAGGCAGGGCAAAUGUUUAUAAGGGCUGUUAUGUAUGAAAUGUGCCUCUGACCCAAAUCCACGGCCUUUGCGAAAAUCACCAAGGAGACUUUGCAUUAAGUUCAGAGUACAAUACAAACUGGGCCUAGCUCUGUAUUUACUCAGUAUGUGCACGUGGGAAACUUAGUAAAAUAUCACCUCCUUAUUGAGACAAGUUUGGACAUGUGGCCUUAAGCCUCUGUUGAACAGGAGAAGUGAAGCUAUUUGCAAUUUUAAUUUUCUAAUUUGAAAUCAUGACAAGCAGUUUUACAACAAAGUUAAAAUUAAAAACUCUUUAUCCAAGUCA